CCUUCUCCGGCGGCCAGGGAAACGCCGGACCAUGGGCGUCCAGGAGCGGAAAGCACCGAGGUGGCGGGGCUGAGCUCCGCUGAGACCUCUGGGCCGGCCAUGGGCGACCGCGAGCGCAACAAGAAGCGGCUGCUGGAGCUGCUGCAGGUUGCGGGCACCGGCAACGGGCACUGCGCCGACUGCGGGGCAGCGGAUCCUGAUUGGGCCUCCUACAAGCUGGGAAUUUUCAUCUGUCUCCACUGCUCUGGCGUCCACCGCAACUUCCCAGACAUCAGCAAAGUUAAAUCCGUGAGACUGGACUUCUGGGACGACAGUAUGGUGGAGUUCAUGACUCACAAUGGGAACCUCAGUGUGAAAGCCAAGUUUGAAGCAAGAGUCCCUGCUUUCUACUACGUCCCUCAGGCCAACGACUGUCUGGUCUUGAAGGAACAAUGGAUUCGAGCUAAGUAUGAAAGACAGGAGUUUAUGGCUAAUGACAAAGCUGUCUCACCCCCAGGUAACCGAGACGGGUUCCUGUGGAAGCGAGGACGGGACAACGCACAGUUCCUGAGAAGACGGUUUGUCCUUCUGUCGAGGGAAGGCCUCCUGAAGUACUACACCAAGGAGGAGGGUAAAGCCCCAAAGGCUGUCAUCAGCAUCAAGGACUUAAAUGCCACCUUCCAGACAGAGAAGAUCGGACAUCCCCACGGGCUGCAGAUCACCUACAGGAAGGAGGGCCACACCAGGAACCUGUUUGUUUAUCAUGACAGUGGGAAGGAGAUCGUGGAUUGGUUCAAUGCUCUCCGGGCAGCCCGCCUGCAAUACCUGAAAUUGGCCUUUCCUGAUCUCCCAGAGUCCGAGCAUAGAGAACCCUUCAAGAAAAGAUGGUUUGCCUUGGAUCCGCAGGAGCGGAGGCUGCUCUAUUAUAAGAACCCCCUGGAUGCUUUUGAGCAGGGCCAGGUUUUUCUGGGAAGCAAUGAGCAGGGAUAUGAAGUAGGGGAAGAUCUGCCCAAGGGCAUCCGAGGGAACCGCUGGAAGGCUGGACUUACCGUCAUCACUCCGGAGCGGAAAUUCAUCUUCACCUGCCCCACUGAAAAGGAACAGCGAGAAUGGCUGGAGAGUCUGCGGGGCGUCUUGUCCAGUCCCUUGUCGCCCCUCCACCUCCUCACCGCAUCAGCAGAGACUGGCUGUGGCCUAAGGUGACCCAUCUCGGAGGCUCUGGCUGGCUACUGAAGUCCUGGAGAAGUGUUCACCUCAGCCCUCGUUGAGAAGGAAGCCCGAGGCCAGCAGCUGCCCCGCCAGUGAACUCCAUCAAGACUCAGGGUGUGGUUGAUCCCACAGGUUGAUCCUCCCUGUGCUCCUUCCAGCAAACACUCCUCAGUCCUGAGGAGCUGGUAUGGAGAAGAAUUGAGCUCUCCAAGCUUAGAAGUCCUGAAGGGUUCCUCAUCACUGCACAGAGAGCUGGCCAUGGUGAUGCAUGCCAGGCAAGACGAGGGUGCCAUGAGCCCAGUGACAACCUGGUCUACACUGGGGGUUCAGUCCAGCCUGAGUUACAUAGCAAGACCUUGUCUCAAAAACAAACAAACAAACCAAAAACCAGAAAAAACAGCACUCGGGAGGCAGAGACUGGCAGAUCCGGGACAGUCACAGCCAGAGCAGGUUACACUGAGAAACCCUGUCUAGAAAAACUAAAACAGAAACAAAAGCAAGCAAGCAAACAACAACAAAAGCUACA